CCUCGCUGCUGCUUCUGUAAAAGGACAAAUACGAUGUGCACUUCUAAGGCUCCUCAGGUUUUGGAAGGAACCCGAGAGCCAAAGGGUUUUCAUUUGUUCUGUGUCUGCAGAGAUGGAGCCAUAGGAAUAGUGAUUGUGCAUAACUGGUGCUGAGACCUGCUGGCCUGUGAAUUAGAACUUUUUAUAUUGAUAAUAAUGAAAUUAAGAACAUAUCCCAAGUUUUCAGUGAUCUGAUGUGGCUGGCUUUGGCAAAAUAAGAAAGGAAGUGUUUGAAAGCAGCCUGAGAGAGUUUUGGAAUGACUGUGGUAGUGCCUGCAGUGUGGUGGGUUUGAAACAAUGCGAGCAGUUGGCUGGUUUAUUUUGUCCAAAAGUCAUGCUUUAAUAAAAGCCUUACCUAGGUCUAUGACUGAACUAAAAUGGGUGUGAUGCAUCUUACCUUUUAUUGUCAGUCUUGCAUUUCAUUUCAUACUGUCUUGUGCUCAGUUCAUUUCUUUUCCCCAGGUUAAGGAUAUUUCAUUGAAGCUUUUUAAUGUGUGUUGAAGUCUCAGUCAACAGUUUAGCCCUUAAAUGCCAUGCAGUUUAGAAAUUAUUGUCUUGAAUUUGCUUGUACAGAUUUAUUUGAACCUGUAAUACGCCACUGAAAAGUAUUUUUCGUAUUAUUAUUCCAUAAUAAAAAGAGGAGGAUAGCAUAAGGUAAAUACACAUCUCCCUUGGGUCAUGGUAGUUUCUAUGUGCAGUUUUUUUGUUGUUUUUUUUUUUCACAGGGCCAUUUGACAACACAAAUAUUGAGCUGCCUUUUUUUUUUUUUCUUUGUCUAUCAUUUGUAUCUAACUACAAAUAUUGUAGUUAGUUACUUUUAGUACUAGUUUAAGUUAAUUUUUAAGUUAUUUUUAUGCAAAUACAUAUUUUUUUUCUGCUUCAGUAGCUAGAAUUGGAUUUUUUUCAAACUUAAAGUUUGUCAAAAACUUGAGUAUGUUUAAAAUACAUUUUUUGUGAUGCUCUGAUAUGAUGUUCUUAGUGUUUAAAAAAAUGUGCUUGGGUAAUGAUAACUGGAGGAUCGGAAGAAAACUAGCACUGUGGUAUGGUUCAGGUAUUUUUAACUUUGAGGCAGGCUGUUAAAGUAAUAGAUUGUGGGGUAACUGAAAUUUUGUAGUUAAAAUGUUUUUCAAGUAAUUCAUGAAGGAAAUACUAGUUUCCUAUGUAUCCUGAACUUCUCAUUUGGGAGAAUAUCAGAACUAGCAAUGGCAGUGACACCAUAUGGUGAGGUAUUUCUGACUUUCUCACAUGAAACUUCAGAUAUAUGUAGUGAAUGUCAUGUUCUUGGUGUACAGGUUCAGUGGUGCUGCAUGAGACGAAAGCAGUGUUCUUCAUCUGUGACUUGUGGUGUUUCAGGGAUUUUUAUGUGCAGAGGAAUUAAGAUGGAUGAAAUACUUUCUUUGCCAUAGCAGCAGCAGGAUGCCUAAGAAAGUCUAAGGCCAGGAUUGUUGGUUUAGAGAACGUAUCAUGGUUAAUGCCAAGAAGAGGUCAUGUGCUGAGGUGAGCUUUGAAGCUGGAUUUAUCCCAGCCCUGCUGAAAUAUCUCCAUCACAGGAAGUCACUGAAGAAGCUGGAAGAUAAACACAAAUCCCCUUCAGAUAUAAUACGAAGUUUUCAGAAGAAAAAUCAGUUUAGGACCAUUGCUCCAAAACUGGUACCAAAAAUUUUAACAUCUUCAGUGGUUUCUUGUCUUCAGUCAUCUUCGCCUGAUCAAAAGCCACCAAUUUCAGUUGCAGGUUCUAAACCACUGGUGGUACCAACUCAAAACUAUGCUCUUAUGCAGGUGCCUGGUCAUGAGGGAACUUUCUCCUUGUUGGCCUUGCCAUACGUUGCCCCUGGCCUAACACAGCAAGUCCAGCAGUCAAAUGUGGGCCCUUCUAAAAACCCAAAGCUGCCUAUCCCUAGGUACCAAUCUGUAAGAAAUAAAAUGCUGAGUGACAAAAAAAUGGCACAGAUGUCUGGUUUGGGUGCACAUAACAAGGUUCCUACCAAAGCAUCGAUCUCAUCACAGGCUUCCCUCGUGACUGCUUUAAGUGAAGACUGUCCUGAAACUCAUUCUAGUUCAGAUUCAACUGAGCAAGCAAUGCUAACAGACCGUGACUCAGCUGAAAUUACCGUUGACACAUUAGUAAAUAAAAGCAAUUGUGUGGAAUCUGGAUCUCUUUUAGAGAACAAACCUGAAAGUGCCAAUAGUAAUGUUUCUGGACCAUCUGUAGUUAAAGACUCUCUAUCCAAGCUGGCAAGUACAAUUAAUCCCAAGAAAACAAGUCUACGCUCUGUGAAGAGAGCAUCUGAAACCACAAGAGAGUCAUUCAUAACAUCUGAGAAACUAAAGGAAAAACCCACAAAUUCCGCAAAUUCUGUUGCUGUCCUGUCACCAGCAUUUUUUGGCAGUACAAUACAGAUGACUCCAUCAGCACCAAAAGGAAAACUUCCUAUUUUGCCUUACUCAAGGGUAAAAAAUUCAGUGUUCUGUAAAUCUAAGGAGAAUACUAAUGUUACAGAUGCAUCUGGUCCUUCACCAAGUUCUGAAUGUGAAAAGACACCAGCUUUGGCAAAAACCUUUCAUGUUCCUGCUAAAGCAUCUGAUAAGCGGUUAGCUGUGUCAUUUACACAAGUCCCCAAACAAACCAUUCGAGAACAUACCUUCUCUCCAUCCAAUAAAGUGGAUGUUGACAGUCUUAAAAAAAAGAACAGUGCAGCCUCUAAAAGAAGAGGCAGGAAAAGAAGAGCCCCAGAUGAUUUGUUGGCUUUUCAGACCAAGCGAAGGAAAUGCAUCAUUAAUAAGUUUAAAGAAGGAAGAGAGAGGGCGAAAGUUGAUCUUCAGCCACCCGAUGGCAAAAAAGCAGAGGCAGUGAAAAAAUACCGUAGUAUUAGACCAAAACCAGUGUUAGUUGUGCAGACUUUUGCACCUCUGACUUCUGCAGCAACAGUAGAGACACCAUCUCCUGACCGCUUAGACCAAGGAACUUUUUUAAAUAGAUCACUUCCCAAAAAACAUAUAAGUUAUAAGCAUAGUGAUGCUACAUCAGCUAAAUCAAGUGAUUUAAGUAGAAAUGCAUGUUCAGACGUACCUAAGCAGUUGCAUAAAUGUCAUGUUUGUAACCACAUCUUCCAGUUUAAACACCAUCUUCAGGACCAUAUGAACACCCACACAAACAAACGGCCCUACAGCUGUCGAAUUUGCCGCAAAGCGUAUAUUCAUUCUGGAAGCCUGAGUACGCAUAUGAAACUUCAUCACAAUGAAGGCAAACCCCAAAAGCUCGUGUGCUGUGAAUUCUGUGCUAAAGUUUUUGGCCAUGCAAAAGUGUAUUUUGGACACCUCAGAGAAGUCCACAGGGUUGUUAUCAGCACAGAGCCCUCUACUAGUGAGCAACAGCUGCAAGAUGCUUUGAAGAAGAGAGACACAAAUAUAAAAGAGGCGGAAGAAGCAACAGAGAGGGGAAAUAAAUGCAAUUUUGAGGACUUAUUCCAUAACCCAGGAGAAGUGAAAUUACAGGUCAGAUGUGGUCGAUGCCAGUUUAUUGCGCAGUCUUUUGGUGAAAUGAAGUUUCACUUACUGUGCUCUCAUGGACAAGAGAUCCAGGGAAGAGUAAAGGAAGGGGCUUUGCAAGGAAAUAGAGGAGUGAAGGGGGAACUGAUUAAACAUGCAACCCACUUCUGGAAACAGCACAAUGAGAGAAGACAUUUAGCAAAAUGCAGUGCCCAUGAGGAGGAUGUUUAUACUUUUCCAAAACUGAAAAGACAGAUCUACUUGCACCAUCAAAAUAAUGUUGAUGUAUCAUCUAAAAGUGAACUGACUCAGUCAGGAAGUGGUGAAGCAGCCAAGGAGAUGCAAAAUGUAGGUUUUGGUACACCUACCAGAAAAGCAGAAAUCUCUUCUAAAGUGAGCUAUAACUGCAUUUUAUGCAAACAGUUAUUUGGAAGAAAAGAGGAUCUUUGUAAUCAUUGGCAGAGUCAUCAUAACUGUGAAGACCCUUCCACUUUAUGGGCAAUUUUUAGUUUGUUAUCAAAACAAGGAAUUAUUGAACUUUCUAACAGUGGUGGAUACUGAAGCUCAAUUCUGCAAUGCUAAGGAAAACAUCAACUGCCUUACCGAACUGUUGACUGUUUCUUGAUGUGUUGCUAAACUAAUUCAAGAGAUGUAUCACUUGAGAGGUUUGUUUGGUGGGUUUGUUGGGAUUUUAACCUUUAUUUUGUUAAAUCAAAAAUGUAUUUAUCCAGGAUCAUUCCCGAUGGGUAACUGCAAGCCUUUUGUGAAGCACUGUACUUAAAAUUCUUGGUUAAGGAACUUAGCAGCAGCACAUACUAGGUACUAAUGGUUAACAUCAAGGAAAAAAUAUUUUCCAGUUAAAUUAUACUAUGCACACAGAAAUAAAUUAGUUUAUAUAAAGUAAUCUCAGUCUUGAAUGAAAUGACAAAUCAGACUGGAAGUGCAAUUUCUGUGCUUCCAGAUUUUAUGGUAAAUAUGUGAAUAUUUCCAUGCAAUUCUCUGGAUCAUUUGAAGGUGCCUACAUGCAGCCAGUAUUCAAGAGCUUUAUAAUCUAUAAUUUAAAAGCUUUUUAUUCAUGUGUUUUGAUUUUAGUAUCGUCAGCCAUGUUCAUUGCUUUCAGGUUUGUUAUUGACAAGUCUUUUAGGUGUUAUAUUCUGUCCUGGUAAUAGCAAAGAUCUCUUGGAUUUCACUUUAAAGUGAAAAAUCUACAUGUAUUUCUUUGCCUGUAGCUGUUUGGGUUGAAGAUAAGUUAGUUGUCACCUCUGAAGAGGAAACCCUCAAAGCUUGACUGCUUUAUGAAAAAAAUAAAAGUUUUAAAAAUAGUCGGCUGAGUUGGUUAGUCCUGGGAAGUUUCACAUUCUGCAAUAGACUGCAUGUUUCAUGGUGAACUUUCAGCAUAUUCCUUAUACCUUCUGUGACAGCAGCACUACUGUUGCCAACACUGUUAGCUCUCUGCGUUAGCACUCUUGGCAUGUAGCUUUUGUACCUGUGCAGUUGACCCAGUCUGUGCUUUAAAGGGAAAUUGUUCUUUCACUUCUGAGUCUAUAGUGCAGGUAAUGAGUUGGUUUUCACUUGUGUUGCCAGAUUUGCAACCAGAGGAACUGCAUGCAGCACCUUAACCUUCCAGUAUCAGGAGCCGAUAGCAGUUACCUUACCAGGAUGCAAAGCUGUAGCAGCCCACAGUGCAGGAAUAGUGCAUUCUGUGUCCCCCUGCUACUGAGCAGGCAUGGUAAAUGACCAUUUCAACACAUCUCCGGGAGGCAAGGCAGUUCAGGCUGUGAGGAAAUGGAGUUCUAGAGCUUUGAUGAGACAAUUAGUGAAGCCUUGAGUCUAGUUUUAAACUGGUAUUUAAACUGCUGUUAUUUAAAGCCUUAUGUACCUCUGAAUUAUUUUGGGCGCAACGGUGGAAACAGCAUAAGAAAUCACUAUGCCACUGUUCAACAUAAGUCAGAGGACAUCAGAGGGCAAAAUGAAAAAUACAGCAAUACUGUCAAGACAGUACUACUGUAGUCAUUUUUCCUCGUGGUCAAACUGUAAUUGAGGGAUUGCAAUGAUAAAAGAGCCAUCCCUAAAAUGUCCUGGUUCACCUCUCACUGUUUUGCGCAAAUCGUGGCGAUGAGAACAUGAGAAGAGAUCUUAGAAUGUUGGGAUUUCUGAGUGCGGUUCCAUAAGCUGUUGCAAUAGUUUGUGUAUGUGUUUUGUUUCUAAACAGUAAAGGCAAUUUUGAUGAG